AUGGCCAUCAAAGUUUCUCUUCUGCCAUCAAAACCUAUUCAACUAAUCCCAAAUUUCCCAACCAAUCCAUUUUUAUCCUUCUAUUCGAGUACCCAUUUCAGCAAUCAAUCACGCAAGCAUCCUAUCGCGGUUUCGUGCACCAACAACAACAGCAGCAGCAACAAAAGCUUCAGUGAUUCAGAACUUGCCUUGAAAUUAGCCGCGGAGGUGGAGAAACUGAACGCCCAAACUGUGCAGAGAGAAGAGGCCAUCAAUAAGAGCAGGGAACUCUUGUUUACAGAGUUCAGCAAUUACAUGGGGUGGAAAGCGGAAGAAGUGAAGGACAGGUGGAGAGCGAUGAAUGAGGAUGAUAAACUGGCUGUGGCUCAAGGGUUUGUUUCAGGAUGGAGUGAUAAUUUUCAUCCUUUGUCCGCUAAAUCGACCAAAGAAUUGAUCGAGGAAUAUUUGGCUGAUGAGAGGGAGUCCUCUAGUAGUAAUUCUGGUCCUGUGUUUUUUCCUAGCUUGAAGAGAUUAAUUGGCUUCUAA